AUGUCUCAACGUACAAGUGUAUCAAAUAUAAGCAGAUCCUCAUCUUUACAAGUUAAGGUUGAUAAUCCACCAACGUACGAAGAAGCUGUUGCGGAAACACUAGAUUCUAGACGUAGAGGAUCGCAAAAUACUAUUUCCUAUUCAGAAAUCGAAGAAGGUAAAAAUCAAAAUUAA